AUGGUAGCUCUACAAACCCUACUAGUGAAACUUGGAGUACAGCAACUUCUGGAGAGUACGGUAGCUCUACAGUUUCCCCAGAUGGAAGCUGGAGUACGGUGACUCAUGUGACGUCACCUGACGCGACACUGGCUACAAUAACCCCAAUGGAUUACGGUAGCUCGACUUUAUCAACGUCUUCUGGUUCUGCCACGGGUUCCACGGCUACUGCAACUUCGAGCACUUCUACAGUAACCUCUCCGGGUUACGGUAGGACGACGGAAUCGAUAGAAGCCGUGGAAGUAGAUGCCUGUCUCCACGCCGACCAAUCACCUAUUUUGAAAAUUGUCUGCGAUUUUUCACGAAAUGCCGUUCCCGUUGAAUCAUAAUUGUAUGUAUUUUUCAAAUUUUUUUGUGUAUAUUUGUAAAUUAUAAAGAAUUUUUUUGACCUUCUUGUGUAUUUUUUUCUACUUGAAGGUCGGUUUCUUCCCAUUAAAGUGCCAAGUAAAAAUGGGCAAAAAAAGACAGAAAAAAAGGUUUAAGCCGGAUGAUCGUCGAUGUCGUCCGGACGUGAAGGUCAAAUAUGUCGCCGAAUUUCGGAAAGGUAAAAAAAUUUCGCCAUUUUGACCAAAAAAGUCGAUUCUAAAGUUUAAAAAAAUGAUUUAUUUCGCAUCCGGUGAUGUGUACGUUUCAUAUUGAUUAUGAAAUCGAUGAUUCGAAAAUCAAUUUGAUUACAUUAAAUUAGGGAUGGGGAAAAAUUUAGUAAACUCGGAAAACUUUCAAUUCCUCAAAUUUACUUCAACUCUUAUAAAAAUAGAAGAAUUUGAAAUUUCUCAUUUUCAUUAUGAAAUCGAUUUUCGAUUCUGGAAAAAUGGUUCUAACCCUUUUUUUUUAUAUGAAUCGAAUGCUACUAGAAAGAGGUUUUUAACUGAAGUGGCUAUUUAAGGGGAGAGAAGUUGAAUUUACAAAGCCUUGAGUUGUAUCUGCAGGAAGAAGCUUUAUCGGCAUAUUUCUUUGCUAAUUUUCACUUAAAGGGUCCCUCUAGUUUCAAACUUGCCAAUCGAAAAAUCUGAAACAGAUUUUCAUGCUCCUUGCUAUGGAGAAAAGCUAAACAAAAAUCAAUUUUCAAGUGGUCCCUAGAGGGACGAGAAGAUUGAUUAAUAUUCGAAUUACUUCCGCUCAAGUGCUCCUUGAAGUUAAUAGAAGCUAUAUUUAAUAAUUUCCGUUUUUUUCAUUCCAGUUUAAAUGAAUUCCGUCAAAGGAAAAAACAGCAAAAAUAACUUCGGUUGAAAGGAUUCGAACCCUGGACGUGGUCUCCACAGUGCUAACACGCUAGCCACUAUACCAAGUGACCAAGAGAGGGUGACAGCGCGUGCGCGACACACAACCCAUCUUGCUGCGUUCCACUCAGCUCAAGCGCAAAUUUCGAGCCGUCUCGACUACAAAGCAAAAAUCAAGAAAUUUAAUUCUUAAUUUGGAAUCAGCAAGUCUUAAAGUAUACCCCUGCAAAGUUUCGUCAAAACAGUGUCCUUGUAAAUGUAUUAAUUCUCCAUUUUUCCCCUCAAAUGGUCCCUCUAGUUUCAAACCUGCCAAUCGGAAAUGCCAAAACCCAAAACAAGGUCGUUGAAUCGAAACGAAUUGAAUGAAACCGAAGCUCGACGGGGGUUGCGAAAAAAGUGGGCGUGGCCUGGGUGCGCGAAAUUGCACGGUCGGCGGCGGUUUCUGUGUUCGGUGGUUUCGGGGAUCAGGUUGAUUUUGGCGCACCUUCCCCCGGCCGCUCUACCUGCACCUGUCCGGUAAUUGUGCCCAUAAUACACGUGUGUUCUCUCAUUAUUGACCGUGUUCAUUUCGGCUCCGCGGCUCUUUUCCCUCCCCAUUUUUCCGACAUGACGUCGAGUAUUCUGAUUCUGAUUCCGUUUUUGGUGAUUCAAAUGGUUCUCGGGCAGAUGAGUGAGUCUUUCAGAAGCUUUUUAAGUGACCACUUGAGGGAGAAAUGUUGUAGGAGGCUUACCGGAAGCACUGGGAUAGGAUGGAGGUUUUUUUAAAGAGGGGGGAUGAUAGAUUUUUCUGAGAAGCUAGGCGGGUCUCGAACCGAAAAAUAGGUGUAGAGGAAUUUUUCAACCUAUAAGGAGUUUCGAAAUUUUUUGAAUGGCCGAAAAUUGGGGAAAAUCCGAGAAAUUCACUAAAGCGACCCCUUGAAAGAUGCAUUUUAAGGAAUGUGCGAAGCGGACGGCUCUUGCCGUCACUGCGCCGACAACCGUUACUCGUAUUACCGGUGCAGAGUCCAGGUUAAUUAAAAUGACGUCAUCAUUUGUAAUAAUAAUGACGUCAUAUUUCCAGGACGACUGCUUCAUUGGCGAGACCUGCGACGACGGAUUUUGCUGUCCGAAUCCGCUGCCCAACUUCUCCUUGCAGCGAGAACGUGGGAUUUUCUUGUUUUAUGACGUCAUUUUAUUGAUGAUGACGUCAGAAAAAAGAUUCUUUCAUGGAGUCAAGACGUCAUUAGCUUGGUUGGUGACGUCAUCAUCAUUAAAAUGACGUCAUAAACUGAGAAAAUUCCGACGAUGAGUCAUGGCGUCAUUAGUGUUAGAAUUUAUAUAAAAAAUUAAAAAAAAAAUCUUUGAAAAGCCUAAAUUAACGCCUUCAUGUGAUGAAGUUGCUUGGAAUAUGGCUUACUUUUUUUUUCAAAUUUUAAUUUUUUUAUGCUUCAUUUAAGUUCUUUAUAACCUUAAUUAACGCUGCUAACGCUUCUUACUAACAUUUUCUAAACAGAACCGAAAAAUGGAACCCAACCGCCAAAUGAUACCGAUCAAUGUCCCGAUGGGUCGCCGUGGAGCAAAAGGUAUGGUUUUUCGACUUUUUAAUAAAAAAGUCGAUGAAAUUGGUAGAACUUCCUCUGAAAGUUAGUUGAGUAGAGUGCUGGUAGAAUGGUUGAAGUGUCAGAUUGACAAUUUGGAGGUUCCAGGUUCGACUCCCAUAGGCGUCAACUUUUUUUGCCGUUUUUUUCUGGGGAUUUUUAUAUUUUUUCAGGUUUUAAAACUCUUAUGUUGUCUUUGAACUUCCAACUAACCUUUAAUCGUACUUUUUUUACGGAAAAAUGGAUAAAAAUUGUGAAAUUAGAUGAUUUUUCUUUGGAAGUUAGUUGAAAAGAGUGCUGGUGGAAUGGUUAAAGCCUUAGAUUGAUGAUCUGUAGGUUCCUGGUUCGACUCCCAUAG